AUGAAUAAAGUCAUUACCAACAAUAUGAAGAAACGAUUGGAGAAAUCGAAAGGCAAUUGGCUAGAGGUGUUGCCUGGUGUUUUAUGGGCUUAUCGCACGACAGCAAAAACAAGUACGGGGGAAACACCAUUUUCACUAGUAUACGAAGCUGAAGCCUUGAUCCCAGUCGAGAUAGGGGAGCCGAGCACGAGAUAUGCACAAGCAACUGAGGAAUCCAAUGAAGAAGAAAUGCGAAUAAACUUAGAUUUACUUGAGGAAGGGAGGGAAGCUGCGUUAAUAAGAAUGGCAGCACAAAAACAGGAAAGGGAGCAUACGAGCUGGAAACAGUGGAUGGUAAGAUUUUACCUUCACAUUGGAAUGUCGUUCAUCUAA